AACGUAUCCACUUUCAAUCUUCCAUAGACACACACAUAAAUGUCCAUUCUAAUUGUUUGCUUCAAAGUGUAGCGUCCAUUCUAAGCCAACUUUCAACCAACCUUUUUCUUUUUCGUUUGCAGUAGAGUGAUAUAGAUUUUCUUGUUAAUAGUACUAUUUUGGAUGGUAGAAAUGGGCAAGAAAAAGCUUUUAGAUUGGACUGCACGAUCCAUAAUGUCUACGGGAAGCGAAAGAGUGUCCCUGUUAAAAAAAGAUGCUCGGGUGAAGACAAAUGAGGAAGGCACUUCUAGUGGUCCUGGGACUGAUCUUGAGCAUGGAGAAGCAGAGGCUGCCAAUGUUGGAUUUUGUAGAGUAUUUCUUCUGGCAAAGUCAGAUGCAGGAAAGCUAAUUUUUGCUACUAUUGCAUUGCUGAUAGCAUCAACAACAAACCUUCUCAUACCGAAAUUUGGUGGCAUGGUAAUUGACAUUGUAUCAAGAGACAUACAAACCCCUCAACAGCAAGCUGAAGCAUUAGAAGCCGUGAAAAACACGAUAAUGGCUAUUAUCUUAAUAGUUGUUACUGGCUCUCUGUCCACUGCAUUACGGUCAUGGUUGUUUUCUUCCGUCAGUGAGUGGGUUGUUGCUCGUCUGAGAAAGAAUUUGUUUAGUCACCUUAUCCAGCAAGGGAACUGUUAAGCAGGCUAUCAGAAGACACCCAAAUCAUCAAAAAUGCUUCAACCACCAACCUAUCAGAAGCUUUAAGAAACCUAACAACUGCACUUAUUGGGAUUGGAUUCAUGUUCUCAUCUUCCUGGAAGUUGACAUGUGAGUAUCUCUAUAAUCAAGAUUCCCACGCCCCCACUAACUACCCCUACAUACUACUACUCCUCAUUAGUGAUCUGUCACUUGGUUAGUGCUG